AUGGUGGGGGCGGGGGCGGGGGCGGGGGCUGGCGCGGGCUGGCUGCGGGCGGGGGAGGAGCGCUGGUGGGUGCCUGGCGGCCUGACCCUGGCACUGCUGUCACUGGUCAUCGCCACCUGGAUGUACAAGCGGCGGAGGAUGGUCCGUCUCAUCAACAAGAUCCCCGGGCCCCCAGGUCACCCUCUACUGGGGAACGCACUGGACGUGAACAUUGAUAUAGUGGACAUGUUCCAGCUGGGAGUGUGGGUGACGCGAGAGUACGGCCCCAUGUUCAAGGUGUGGCUGGGCACGACGCCGCUUGUGGUGAUCAGCGGAGCGAGGCAAGCAGAGGCCGUGCUUAGCAGUCAGAAACACAUAGAGAAGAGCAACCAAUACAGCUUCUUCCACCCCUGGCUUGGCAACACUGGCCUCUUCGUGUCCUCAGCCGAGACGUGGCCAGCGCGCCGCAAGCUGCUCACUCCGGCCUUCCACCUCAAGAUCCUGGAGCAGUUCCUUGAGGUGUUCCACAGGCAGUCCCUCAAGAUGGUGGACAAGCUCAAGCAGGAGGUGGGCAAGGAAGUAGACCUCUUCCCCUUCAUCACAAACUGUACACUCGACGCCAUCUGCGAGACCACGAUGGGCUGCUGCAUCAAUGCCCAGGACGACCCAGAGUCCGAGUAUGUGGAGGCGGUGCACAGAAUGCAGCAACUCGUACAACUUCGCAUGCUGAUCGUGUGGCUGCAGCUGGACGCGGUUUUCUGGCUGCUGGGCUACGCGAGGGAACAGAGGGCGCUGCUCAAGACGCUGCACACCUUCACCCGGAACAUCGUGGCCAAGCGGCGGAAACUGUACGAGGCGCAGCGGAAGGGCGGCGAACACUACGUAGGGAAGCGGCCUCGCCUCGCCUUCCUGGACCUUCUGCUGGAGUACUCAGCGGACGGCGCCGUGCUGUCAGAGGAGAGCGUGCGUGAGGAGGUGGACUUGUUCGUAUUCGCCGGCCACGACACGACCACCGUGGCUAUCAACUGGUUCCUCUACCUCAUGGGCCUGCACCCGGAGAUACAGGCUCGGGUGCAGGAGGAGCUGGACGGCAUCUUCCAGGGCUCGGAUCGGCCCGCCACGAUGGAUGACCUGCGCCAGAUGAGAUACACCGAGAUGUGCAUCCGCGAGGCGCUGCGGCUGUACCCCUCCGUGCCCUACAUCGGCCGCCUGCUGAAGGAGGACGUCACGAUAGACAACUACACCAUCCCGGCCGGCACCACCAUCUUCAUCUUCACGUACGCGAUCCACAGGGACGCCUCGCAGUUCCCGCACCCGGAGAGGUUCGACCCUGACCGCUUCCUACCCGAGAACGUGGCCAAGAGGGACCCCUUCUCCUACAUCCCCUUCAGCGCCGGCCCCAGGAACUGCCUCGGACAAAAGUUUGGCAUGCUGGAAGAGAAGGUGAUGGUGUCCAAUGUCCUGCGCAAGUUCACCGUGGAGAGUCUGACCAGCAGGGAAGCGAUGAGCCUCAAGAGCGAGAUUGUCCUAAGACCCAACGACGGCAACUUUGUCCGUCUUCACCCCAGGACCAUGCCAACGACGGGGAAAGAAGAGGAGGAGCAGGUGGAGGAGGUGGUGGUGGAAACGGAAAGGGAAGAGGAGGAGGAGAAAGAGGAGGCGGUGGUGAAGUCUACGGGUGUUAAAGGAAAGGAAGAGGAGGUGAAGGUGGAGACUACGGGUGAUGUGGAAGAAAGGAAAGAGGAGGAGGAGGAGGAGUUGAUGAUAGGGCGUACGUGUGUGGAAGAGGAGGAUGUGGUAAUAGGGAUGGAGAAGGAUGGGAAGGAUAGGAUGGCAGGAAUGAGGGCCGAGGAAGGAUCGGAGGUGAGGUGCAGGUGAGAGAGGUGGACUUGGACAGGUAUAUAAGUGUCUCCCGCUAUAGGUUCAGGUGGCUGAGUGGUGCAGCGGUUGACUUGUAAACUGAGUGGCCCGAGGUCGAGUCCAACGCACGCUGAUAAAUGCACAUAAAUCCACAUGACAGCUAGGUUGAUUCUGCCGAUUGGUAAGGUAUCCGGGUGGUUGUGUGGUGCAGUGGUUGGCUUGCAAACUGAGUGCCACUAGUUCGAAACCAAUAACAUACACAUACACACGGUAGAAAGGUAACUGUAUCUCUAUCUGUCUAUCUGUCUAUCUGUCUGUCUAUCUACCUCUAUCUCCCUCUGUAGCUGUCUGAUUCUAGCAGUUAAACCCGUCUCAGGACAACUAAAAUGCAAUAGGAACGUAAGAACAUAUGGAGUCUGCAAGAGUCCAGUCAACUCACACAAGACAACUCCUGGAAUACAUAAGAAAGCCAUCACUAAUUCUACCCCUGACCUACUGCCUGGGCCAUGCUGUCACCUUGUCUUGGGAUAACUUAACACCAGGAACAUAAGAACAUAAGGAGUCUGCAAGCGGCCAGUCGGUUUACACAAGGAAGCUCAUGGAUAUCUAAGACAGCCAUCACUAGUUCUACCCUUGAUCCAUCUGCCUGGACCCUGUUCUCACCCCGUCUUAGGAUAACUUAACACCAGGAACAUAAGAACAUAAGGAUCUGCAAGCGGCCAGUCGGUUUACACAAGGAAGCUCAUGGAUAUCUAAGACACCCAUCACUUGUUCUACCCUUGAUCCAUCUGCCUGGACCCUGUUCUCACCCCGUCUUAGGAUAACUUAACACCAGGAACAUAAGGAGUCUGCAAGCGGCCAGUCAGUCUACACAAGGAAGCUCAUGGAUAUCUAAGACAGCCAUCACUAGUUCUGCCCUUGAUCUAUCUGCCUGGACCCUGUUUUCACCCCGUCUUAGGAUAACUUAACACCAGGAACAUAAGAACAUAAGGAGUCUGCAAGCGGCCAGUCGGUCUAUACAAGGUAGCUCCUGGAAUACCUAAGACACCCAUCACUAGUUCUACCCCUGACCUAUUGCCUGGGCCAUGCUGUCACCCUGUCUUGGGAUUACUUAACACCAGGAUCAUAAGGAGUCUGCAAGCGGCCAGUGGACCCAAACAAGGCAGCUUCUGUAAACCCAUUCCCAUGCAUCCAACUCAUAAAGUCAUUCCAGUACGAACAUUAGCACAUAGGAAAAUCAUAACAACACGAGGAGUCUGAGGGCCAGUAUUUCUAAACGUAUAGCCGCCUCAGUUCGCCUGUUUCAAAAGCCUCUCAUAGAAGUUGUUGGGAUUUCCAUGGACUGUUUUGUGGCGUUAGUGGUAGUUGUACACGACAUCUGCAUCUUGAACGGGAUAAUCACCCAUCAAAACCCGGUUAGUCAUCUCUGUGGCCUUGGGAAAGAGUCGCACUAGGAGCCUGAUACGUUUAAGAAUAUGAACCUCUGCAUUAAGCUACAUUCACUCUACACGAAGCAGCUUUUGUCAACCUCUCACCACGUACAAAUCCAUCAUACUUGAAUCUGUGUUUUAUAUGCUUGAAGCGUCUAUCGUGUUUGCCUUGUUCAUGUAACUGUCCUUUGCUUGGUAGCCGCAGGGCAGUAAGCGUUUUGAAUAAAGGCGGUUGUUGUCAGGCAGGAUUAAAGGUUAGGUUAGGUUGUUAAGCUGAAGGAAAUUUACAAACAAAUGAACGUCGACAUCGCGGCAUUCAAUAAAUAAAUGAACAAAAAUUAAAAGACUGAAAUUUAAGAUGAAGGGUUUAAAGAAGGAUAAUUAUUGUUAGAUAAUAUUAUGGUUUGUAAACAACUGAACAUCACGACAUACAAUAAAUAUAUUAAAAAAAUAGAGAAAACGGAAAUAUAUGACCAAAUCCACUGACGGCAACAAUAUAUGAACACUACAAAUAGAAAAAAAUACUUCUGCAAACAGCUGAGCAUCGCGACACGUAACGAAACAAGUUAUUACGCAGAAAACGGCGAAAAACAGGUAAAAUAAAAAAGGUGGCAGGAAAGGAAAACUAAACCUGGUUGGCUGAACUCAGACUUUUGUGAAGAGUUGAGCCAGCAAACAGCGGCGUGGACUAGGGUGUCGGUGAGCCCCGAAACGUUUAUACCGCCCGUAUGCUCAGACGUUUCCGGCUCACAACAACGAUUUCCCGAGGCCACAAAGGAGACUAGUCGGGUUCUCAGGAGCGAUGUUCAGGUCCAUAGUGUAGAAGAUACCACUACCACUUGGCUCUUAACUCUACCCAUAAAAAUACCUCUACGAAAGCCUUACCAAAUAUGGGUGUAAACUAAAGGUCGAGUUGGAGCAUAUGUUAUAGCUGCGCGUGGCGGCGGUGCUCAUCUCCGACACAGGGCCAGUAUGACAUCCGGGAUACCACAGUUUACCUUCCCCAGGUGUCCCCAGGUACCCAUUUAUCGACCAGCCCGAAAGGAAGGAUGAACAGCUGGGUGGGCUGCACGCCGACUACAAAGGCCGGGAUUCAAACCCAGGCCUAUAGAUUCGUAGUCAGGGACGCUAACCACUGCACCGCGGAGGCGUGGGUGUGGGUGUGGGUGUGAAGGUGAAGGCCCCGAGAUGUGGAGUGCCCGAGAAAUGUACUACCCCCCCCCCCCCCCCCUCACACUAGGCCAGCCAUUUCCACUACACACAAAUGGAGCAAAGAAAAUUCACGACAACCAAAAUAUGUGAAGAAAUAGUCCAACAAACAUAACCAUAAAAAAUGAGAUGAAAUAAAUGUUGGAAAACUAAAGUAUGUGAAAAAAAAAAGUUGAGACGAAAGUAAAAUAGAAAACGAGUUAAAAAAUAUUCAAACACCAAAGAAUGUAAAGAAAUAGUCAGAAAAAUGAAUAAAUACAUGUUCGAAAACCAAAAUAUGUGAAGAAUUAACAUAUAAAAUUACAGAAAAAUAAGACGUUAAAAAAAUCGAAAACCAAAGUAGAUAUGUGAAAAAAAUAUUGCAACAAAAGUAAAAUAGAAAAAACAGCAAUAAUAAAAUAAGUGAAAAAAUAAUCAAACAGGAAGUAAAACCGAAAACAGGAAGUAAUAAAAUAAGUAAAGAAAUAAAGAGACAAAAAUAAAAUAGAAAAAAAUGGUAAAACAUGUGAAAAUAAAAUAAUCACACGGGAAGCAAAACAGAAAACAGGAAGCAAUAAAAUGAGUAAAGAAAUAGACAAAAGUAAAAUAGAAAAAAUAAAUGAUAAAACAUGAAAAAAAUAAACAAACAGGAAGCAAAACAGAAAACAGGAAGCAAUAAAAUGAGUAAAGAAAUAGACAAAAGUAAAAUAGAAAAAAAUAAAUGAUAAAACAUGAAAAAAAUAAACAAACA